AUGUCGGAACGUCCAUCGAAACAACUCAACUCAACGCGAGUUAAAAACUCGCUGCGAGCUCACAUUCUUAGCUUGGUAAGUGAACGCCUUUUUGAAACGAAAUUAUUGAUGUGUUAACUACGGAUUGUGAGAAAUCAUACAACGAGUUCGAGCGAAGGCCUUCAUUACUUAGGCUACGUUUUACGAAUAGCUUUUUGUAGCGACUGAGAAACAUCGUUCCGUUCAAUAUCGAAAUAGUAGGGAUAUCAAAACGGCCGCAGAAUUCCGACUUUUCGAGCGAGCGAAGCUCUUGUCUGCACGUGGAGUUUAAUAGUUGAAGCGAAGCUGUUAAGCCUGGAAUGUACAGCUUUCAGAAGCUGAGCGAAACAACAUUCCUCCGUUUCUAAAGCUGUAAAAGGAUGUGCUGUUUAUCUUAAACAUGUAUUAAUAAUUCUGUUAACAACUUUAUUUGAAUUCCGUUUCAGAUUGACAAUAACUACAGAUCAUUUUCCUGCCGAGCUGUUUGGCGCGUGCGAGAUCGAGCCCUUGAUCUCGCACGCGAUUCUAUAUCUUCAAAUAGAAUAAAAUUCGACGAAUUGUUGCACAACAUACCAGGCGUACGAUUUUUUAUUUCCGCCAUAACCGCGCUCGAAGCCUCUCGAGGAGACGAUGACGACUCCAUUUUGCCUGCCGUCGCUUAUUUCAUCGUAUAUUCGCACAGCGACCUUUGCAACGACGAUAUUCUUUUAAACGCUAUCCAGAAUGAGGACAGGCAAGCAGACGUCGUCCCCAUUCAUGUACGAAGGUGUGAGGAGGAUGAAAUUCUGGAACGCCUUCUUUUUAAUGUCGUUAAAGACCAUAGCAACGACUAUGUCAGCGCUAUGGUCGCAGCCAGUAACCGCAGCGGUAUUCAACGUCAACUGAUAAAUCUUGGCGGACCAUCGACCUCAUCGCAACAGCCCGUUGCGCCACAACAUUUUCCGGUAACUUCCACGAGAAUUGUUGUCGUCGACGCCCAGUUGGGCCCGGCAAUCCACGCCGCGAGGCAAAACCUAGCGGCGUACGGUUUCCAAUGCGAAGUUUUCAGCUUUGGCAUAAUCCAACCAGCAGUACCAGUGCUUGGCCAUGACUUUCUAGAAGCAACACGCAUAUUCACCAAAUUCAUGAAGCUGCUUGAUAAUGGUCUAUACAAGGUAAAACAUCAUUUUAUAUACUUUCUAGUGUAGGUGCUCUCGCUCAGUGUGUAUAAAAAAAAACUCCGCAGUUUGGGGUGUGCUAUAGAGUGUCUUUUACCACUAAAAUUAUUUUGAAAAGUAAAUUUUCCAGGCUUUGUUUUUGAAGGUGGUGUAUGAAUUAUCAAAAUACCAGACAGUUCGAGUCGCGAUAUUUCUCUCAACGGCCGAUUUAUAUUGAUUUAUACCUGUAAAAAGCUAAAACUUUUUCCCGUAUUAUAGCUGUUCACGACAUGAAUUAAAUGCAUGACUGAUUUUAUGCGCCAUUGAUUUCUUUACAAAACGUUUUACCUGAAUUGCGGUUUUUAUACAUCCUGUGUAUAGUGUACCUUUUUCCAUUUACUGUUGUAUUUAUAAGUUUAGAUAUACUUUAUAAGCCCGGCUGAAAUGAGAAGUAGAGUUGACAGUCACAAGCGACUCUCUCCCGACUCUCAUUCUUGCUUCUGCCAAGCAUAUAUAAGUGAUCUAUUUUUGUGUUAACUCGCGCUGUUAGCUAUGGCCUAUCGAAAGAACGAUGGCUCUGAAACUGUUUAGGAUAACAAUGUAACUCGUUAUCUAUGUUGGUUAACGUUUGUGUAGUCUGAUAGUAUGGUUUCCAGUGCAAUUUGGGAAAAAAUGUGCCCGAGUGAGUUUUUCACUAUUCGCCAUUCGGUAUUAAUAAUAUACAUGAAAAAAUUAUACAGUCACAUGCGAAAUAGAUAAUCUUAAUAGAAAUAAUUUUAAUAUAUAAAAAUCUACUAAAAAUGGCAGCCAUUUUUCUCACUUGUUUAAAUGUUUGUGUUUUUUGUUUUAUUUUCUGCUAUAAAAAGGUUGUAUAUCUUUAUAGUCAAUGAAAUUUGCACUGUAUUUCAUUUUUGCCACCUUAUUUUAUUGUUUGACUGUAUUUCGAAAAAUUGUAUUGCUUUUAAUUGAGAAAUGUUUUCAUAUAUAUUAUUAAUUCAUACAUCUGGUCCUUCACCGUCACGUGUGUAUUGUAUUUUUGCCAAAUCUACCAAUAGCAAUUUCCAAUUUACCCUAUUGUUCGAGUCACGGAUAGGUGACUUUCCUAAGACAUUGCUAUUGGUGGAUUUGGCAAAAAUACAACAAGCACGUGACAGUGAACGACCAGAUUUAUGAAUGAACGUUGACUGACGUACAGGAUGUCCCCCAGAAUUUCUUAUUAAGAGGCAUUUUUUUUUUUCAUUUCUUAUUAAGAGGCAAUGUCACGUAUUUGCAAUGAAAAGUGUUCAAAACCUAAAAUCUUUUUGGCUUUCUUCUCAAAAUUACUUUGUUUUAGCUUUAUUCUCUAUAGCUUAUAGAGUUAGUAACCUUUCUAAAUGCAUCUGCCGGUUGAGAAACAUAAAAUAAUAGUUAAAAAUUGUCAAUUAAAAUACAAUUAUCAAUGAUGCUUUAAAAUUGACGCCAUAUUUACAGCCAUAUAAGCAAAACUUAAUGAACUUCAGACAUCAUUUUCUCUUUGGCGUAUCGUCUAAAAUCUCUUCAUUUUAGCAUUAUUUUACAGAUAAAGCACUAAACAUACUUUUUAAGUUUGUUUGCCGAGUGAGAAACGUAUCGAAAAAUAAAAAUUUUGAAUUUAGUCAUAACCUCCAAGUGAUAUUAUACGCAUUAGUUUUGAGCGCGUGUUACGUAACAUACAAAAAAUCUCCUCUUAACAAAUUAAAAUAUCUUUGUAAAGCGCACGAUUUUUUUGCUUAUGUCUUGAUCUUAAAGGCCUUAUGCAACGAAUUUUUCGAUGGUGAGAUUUUUGCAUUACGUUUAUAGAGUUCUUUGCAUUGGUUCGAAAGAUGCAAACCGUUUUCCGAAACUCCAAGUAGCUUUAUUUUUAUAAGCCUUCAAAGUCGCAAAUUUUGCCACUUUCUUUGCGAAAAAAAAAAGACCUUUGGUGAUCAGUGGUGUGACGUCACAGUAAUGAGUUGUUUUCGACGGACCUUAUGUAAAACAUGUUAAUCAUUUGUUUACACACAGCACGACUCAUUACUGUGACGUCACAGCGCGAACCAGUUUUUCGCAAGAGGGACCCAUCUUUAAACACAAAAUUCACCAACUUUUAGUUUGAAUUUCGCAUCGAGAUUGGUAUCAAAAUGAUCAGAAAAGAUGAAAUUUUAAUAAUGUGUAAAAACCUCACCAUCGAAAAAUUCGUUGCAUAAGGCCUUUAAUUAAACGGUUUCUUUGUGCAUAAAAUUUACUUACGUCCAGCUUUUGUGAGUCCAGCAAAGUGCUAGGGCAUUCUAACAAUAUGUUAUUUCAAUAGUUUUGGUUUUUUUGGGACUCCAUGUACAGUGUGUAUAAAAAGAAAGUGAACCCUUUCAUAUAUUAGCUAUAACGUAUUGUUAUACAAUUACUUUAUGGUUUCCGUGCUUGGAUGGCCUGAUCCAAACACGCGGGAAUGUUGCGAGAGUUAAGAAAAGCACGCGAACACGAGCCGAAGGCGAGUGAUUUUGCGCGCUUUUCUUAACUCGAGCAACAUUUCCAAGUGUUUGGAUCAGGCCAUCCAAACACGGAAACCAUAAAGUAAUUGUUUUAUAAAAUAAGUACUAUUUACAACACGAGCGGCCCUGUUGUAUCGGAUAUACAAACUCGAGCCGAAGGCGAGAGUUCGUAUAUCUGAUACAACACGGACGCGAAUGUUGUAAAUGACUUGAAAAACGACUCAUCUUAUGAGUUCAUUGGCGAAGUCAUUUUAAAAAUAAACGUUGUCUUAAGGCCUGAUUCCACGGGCGCUUUUUCUCGGCGAAAUGCGAAAUAUUUCGCCUGUUUCUUUUGAAUUGUGGUCAAUCAAGUAGAAAUAAUUUAUUCGAGUGGUCGCAAUUCAAAAGAAACAUUUCGAAUUUCGCCGAGAAAAAGCGCCCGUGGAAUCAGGCCUUAAGCCGAGAAAAUCAAAGUUAAAGUUUAUGUAAAUCAACAUGAAUCUGUAUCACAUAUACAGAUACGACACGCUUAUGAUUUUUCUUUGUGUUUUCUUCAUGAAUUAUUGAGUCUCUUAAUAAAAUAUAUAUAUAUAUAUAUAUAAAUAAAAUAAAUAAAUAGCGAGUCGCGUAUAGUACUGAUGUAGAUCUGGUCUUGCGGAUCGGAAGUUAAUUGCAGUAAUAAAUUUAAGUGUUGUUUCUACAAACGAAAAGUAUUAUUUGAGGCAUUCUUAAAAGAAAUGUAAUAUAUCUUUACCUAAUGACAUCAUAUCUGGAAACUUUGUUUUAAAAAUGUGUUUUUUGCUUUUUUUUCCCAGGGAUAUGUUUACGCCAGACCUGACAAUUCGGGGAUCACCUUCGUCAAAUCCAUGACAGUGCACGAAUACUUGGACAUGAUGCUUGCAAAUGAUGCUGUUCGUAACUUAAUCUUGAAACAUCUCGCCAAGUUGCAACGAGUCCUUUCAGACGAUGCUUGUGUCGUGGUUGAGCAGAUCAGUGACUUCGACCUGGAUGUCAUCGAAGUGUCGAAUGGGUAUGCAUUCCGAAUUUCUACAAGAGCAUUCUUUCGUUAUCGAAAGGAAGACUUUCGCGGGAGGUCUUCACGCGCAUUUGUGCCGUAUGAUUGUCUUUCACCGCCAGAUCCUGGCCGUUUCGCAGAAGGAAUCAACAAUUCAUUCCCCGAUCUGGAGGAACGAGUCAAGGUCCUCAACAAGUUGUACCAGUGCCUCGUGGUAGGCCGGAUGCCACGGGAAAUCCGAAAGCUGGUUUUGGCAGGACCUGAGAACUCCGGAAAAACAUCGUGGGCUGCCAUGUUCCAGCGUAUCAUGCCGGCUGAUAAGUGCAUUCAUGUCACCAGCAACUUAUUGGCCGGUAUGGUACAAGAAGAUACACAUUUGGUAAUCAUCGACGAUUAUUCUUCUAUGGACCUCGCGAAAAAUGUGUUGCAACGACCUUCUUCCCACAACAUCCCAUUUUACAUCGCCACCAAUCAGCUAGCCGGCGAUGAUGACGAUAACGUUUAUCGUAAAACUCAAGUUUUCCGAACCCGGAGCCUUCCGUCACCAACACCUGGCGCCGACCGGUGGAUCUUCGACCAUGCCAUGGACUGUAUUGCUUGGAUGGCUAAUGUGAUAAAUGAAAACGUCCAGUUAAUUGACCAAGAAGAACGAUGGUACGAGGACACGUCAG